AUGCUCCUUCAGUUUUCGCAACGCACGAGAUGGCUCAAAACACUGCGGGCUAGUUCUGCUGUGCGGGAAAUCCGGCGUUCGCGCCCAGACCUUGUUCCGAUUGAAGAACUGAAGGAAGCGACAAAUGCAGUCCUAAAGUCAAAGAACCUGUCUGUAGCCUCAGAGAAAUGCGACAGGGUGCUUUUUGAAUAUUUGUUUGAGCUCCGGGGAGAGUUGCCUCUGCACCACGUCGGGAUAAUCGCAUGUGCGCACACUUUGAGCUACGACAUGUGGAGAGAUGUGGUGGGCUCCGUGAGACCGGAUCCUGACACAGAGCCGAGCGAUGAACAUUUCGAUCUUAGGUUGAGGGCAUAUCUGUCAACGGUCAUCGCAUCAUGGAGAAUGAACAAGGCUCUGAUUGACAAGCGAGUCUUUCAUGCAGCUUUGGAACUACUAAGGGUCAUGAGCCAGCCACCGGAACGUCUAUCAUCUGUAGGACGUUUGCUUCUGUGGAUCGGAGAGGAUGUCCUCAAGGAAUUGAUCCCCACGGAACUAGCUCAGACAGUUCUGGCUCGAAGAGAUUAUAGGAUUCAUUUACAACGCGAGCUCAGUAGCUUAUCUGAGCAGUGCGACUGGGUCGAGGUGCGCAAACUAGUCGGCUUCUUCGACCGAUGGCGUGAUAAUCAGUGCGCCUCCAGGAUUCUCCCCGAGAUCAUUCCUGACCACCAGAAAUGGUUGAACUGGCGUCCGACUGUUGCGCGUAUCAAACGAUGGAGUCAGGAGCUACGGCAUCACGAAAACUACAGUGAUCUUAUCCCGCUUCUUGCCCUGGAAGGACCAGAUAUCUCGAUUCAAGGUCGGCCCACCGCUCGGCAGAGUCCGGUAGCUAUCGAGGCUCUCCGUCUGGCGGACGCACCGCCAGAGCUUCUCGACGAUGCCUUGAAUCUACUUGAUGUUGCCAUCGACUGUGGCGGUAAUGCCGUUGGCUUCUUGGCUCACUUCCUUCUCCACUGUGGUCAACUCAAUGUACGCGGAAUUGAACGCGCGCGAUUGUGUCUAGCUGCAGGAUACCAUGAGCAAGAAGACAGCUCCGUGUCAAGUCAAACUGCCGAACCCAAUUCUUGUGGCUGUAAUCAGAGAGACGUCGACUUUGCUGUUAUACCAGUCUCAGCCUCGAUUGACACCAAUAUGAGUGGUUUUGUCUCACGUGUAUUGGACGAGCUCAAGACCCGACAAGUGGAGUUUUGCCACCAACUUCAGGUAGAUGCGAUUUCCGUGAAUCUAGAGUUCGCUCAGCGUAUUUGCGUCCUAGGCUCAGCCCUGAGAAGCGCUCAUUGGCAUUCUGCAUAUAUCCCACUGGAAUUUGCAGAACGGUUUCGCCGCUUUCCUUCCAAGGCAGACUUGGAGAGCAAAAUCAGAGGGUUGCAAAGAGCUACAGGUAUUGAGAGACAUCGCUACGUGGAUGAUCUGGCAGAUUGUGUGGGAUUCAGUCAGCGCGACAGCUAUCCUUCUUCGCCGGCGGCGCCCUCAAACCCUCAUAGGCCUCCUGAAGAUCCGAUCUGGCUUGUGCCAGAUGAUGCCCUGGAAGGCGAACGUCCGCUGCUCCGGUCGCAGGUUCUCAUGGCCGUGUAUGAGACGAACCCUGAUCUUGCCAUUGAGUGCCUGAAGCAGUCCAAAAACGAACCCGACACCUUCAUAAAAGCUCUCCUUUAUUAUUUACCCAAGACCACCACCCCGGACAUGAUUUGUGUGAAUCUCGCCGGAUUUCUCGGACCUCGCAACGCGCCUGACGGAAAGGCCUGCGGCGGAGCAUCGGGCGGAAACAUCCAUAAUGCUUGGAAAUCGCUCCUGAUGCAUAUGAUGCGCUCUCUUGGGCCGGGCAUGCUUGAGCGCUGUGCCAAGACUCUUGAGCGGAAGAUAUUGAAAAGCUGGCUCAGAAAUCUAAACCUUCUCUACGGGGACAGCUAUCUGGACCCUGACGGUGGCCUGGGCAUCACAAAGGAGAAGAUCAAGGGUUGCCUUGAAAGGGAACGAAGCGCAUGA